UUGAUUACAUGUUUUCCAAAGAGUUCCUGGAUAUGAUGCAAUAAUAGACCUUAGUGUCUGGGCAACAGAAGAUGGACAUUUCCUAGCCAGGUCGAUAUCAGAUAUUUCUGGUGAGAAAGAACUUUAUCACCUGAAUUUGUGUAGAGGAGUGACGCACAGUCCUUGUCCUUCAUCUAGCAUUCUCUGUAGGGUCAAUCAGGACGAAACUCAGAUGUUGGAGAAUAUUGGAAACCUGACAGAUCAUCAUUCAAUAGAAUAUAUUCCAGAAUCCGAGACUAUCAGUGUAAAUUAUCCUGGAGCCCUGUUACCAGUAACCAUCAAUAUCAAGUGCGACAGAGAUGCUUUAAAACCUCAGGUCUCCAUCGAGUCUGAUUCUCCUAAAGGAGUAGUUUUAAGGUUUCUAACAGUUGGGGCAUGUUUGGUUCCAGCUAUACAAUGCGUUACACAGGAUAAUGAUGGAAAUAUCUAUGAUCUCUCUUCUCUCAAAACUAUGGAAUGGGAGAUCGGAGUCUCGAACGAGAAGCAGAGUCGAUAUCAAAUAAAGGUGUGUGGAAGUUUACCAAUAAGUCCUGAGAACCCAUGCAGAGAGCAGGCUGGGAUAUGCUCCUACAGUUUCAUGAACAACUCAACCAGGAUGGUCGAACCUCAUAACCUCGGUAUAAUGUACAAACGACCUGUUGUUAAUGAGGACGGAGAUAUAUCUCUGGAAUAUAGUCAUGGGACAAAGUAUUCGGACAACAAGGGUAACUCCUGCAAUAUGAGUUCAGAAAUCAUUCUCAAGUGCUCAGAUAGAGAACUCGGGCCAAGGUUUGAAGAAGCAACUGCUUGUAAGCAUACAUUAAUCUGGAGUACCACUGCCGCCUGUCCACAGCAGAAACAGGUUUCCCACGACUGUACAGUACGGGAACCAUUGUUCAGUAAUCUCUUCAACCUGUCCAGCCUUUACAGUACAACAGAUUAUAUUCUGCGGGGUGAAGAAGAGAAUUAUAUUCUUAAUGUUUGUGGACCCUUGAUCUCCGACUGUAGUGGUGCUACCUGCCUUGAGUCCGGGGAGAGGUUGACCUACCUGGAGGGAUCCCUGGAGAUGAAUAUACAUUCACGUACCUGCCCAGCGGAUACUAAUUCAACAAUAGAUGCAAGGAUUGUAUUCCUGUGUAACCACGAGAUAGAGAGGGGAGCUCCUGAGCUUGUUGUAGAGAGAGAUUGUGAACUAGAGAUAGAAUGGAAAACUUCAUUAGCUUGUCCACCCCAUCAAGAGGUUCAGUGCAGUUUACCCACAAUGGAUGGAGUUAUUGAUCUUUCUUCUCUCUCUCUUCCUCAUCAGAAUUAUCAGGUUGAAUCAGAUACAGGAGAAAUAUUUCUGUUGAAUGUGUGUAGAUCUCUAGUUCAUAAUAAUCAAUCUAGAUGUCCUUAUCAGGCUGCUGCCUGCCUUCUUAACUCAGAGGACACGAUAGAUGCGAAUAUUGGGGAAGUUGAUUCAUCUCUUCAUCUUGAUGAAGAUGGAAACCCAAUUCUUACAUAUACCCUGGGAUCACUCUGUAAGGAUCCUGAGAGUAGGUUGGGUCACACCCAGACUAGUAUUAAGUUCCUGUGUGAUCCGGAACGUUUUGAUUCUGAGCCUGAGUUUCUUGAAGUCUUUGAUUGUCAUUACUCCUUCCAAUGGAUCAAUGCUGCUGCCUGUCCGGUCCAAACGUCCAUGGGAAACUGUUCAGUGACAAGUCCACAGUCAGGAUUUACUUUUGAUCUCAGUUCUCUGAAUAAACCUCAAGGAUGGAGAUGGACUGAUACUGGACAUCAUAUGAUUAAUCAGCUAGAUUUAAAUGUUUGUGGAGGAUUACCAUCUAGUAUUUGCGCUGAUGGUGGUGGGGUUUGUGACUCCAAUGGAUUAAAUUUGGGACAAGCCAACUCUAAUCUUACUUAUUCAGAGGAACAACUGUUCCUUACUUACUCGGGAGGUAUUUGUCCGGGAAAUCCUGGAUCCACAGCAGAAACUAGAAUAAAAUUUAUUUGUCCCCCAAGGUAAAUAAAAAAAAAUUUAAAACAUAAUUCGAUA